AUGCCUAAUUAUGCUAAGUUUCUGAAGGACAUCUUAAGCAAGAAAAAGAAGUUGACUGAGUAUGAGACUGUAGCUCUUUCUGAAGGAUGUAGUGCGCUUUUGACCAAUAGCAUACCCCCUAAGCUUAAAGAUCUAGGGAGUUUUACCAUUCCUUGUUCAAUAGGUAGAAAGGAGAUAGGGAAAGCCUUAUGUGAAUUAGGAGCUAGUAUUAACCUUAUGCCCUUGUUUGUUUUCAACACCUUAGGCAUAGGAGAGGCUAGACCUACAAUAGUUACACUCCAGCUAGCAAAUAAGUCCAUUGCAUACCCCAAAGGAAAGAUAGAAGAUGUGUUAGUACAGGUUGAUAAGUUCAUACUUCUGGCAGAUUUUAUCAUAUUAGACUUUGAGGCAGAUAAGGACAUUCCGUUUAUUUUAGGAAGACCUUUCUUAGCCACCGGAAAAACUUUGAUAGAUGUCCAGAAAGGAGAGUUGACCAUGAGGCUUCAAGACCAAAAGGUCACAUUUAAUGUCUUCAACUCCUUAAAAUAUCCUGAUUAUCUGGAAGAGUGUUCGGGCAUAACUGAAAUACAAGAAGAGGUUGUUGAGGAAGGAAUUCAGGAAAACCUUAAGUUGGAAGAAGAGAGUGUAGAGGAAUUAGAAGAAAAAAUUGUUGAGGAAAUAGAGGCAAUAGGCAAUCAUUUUGUGCCAUUAGAGGUGUCAGCCUUUGAAAUUUUGGAAAUACGUGAUAGGAAGGGUGUAGAGAAUCAGGUAGCAGACCAAUUAUCUAGGUUGGAGAAACCUGAGAUAGGGGGAGGUGACAUUAUAGAGACCUUCCUAGAUAAGAGAAUCCUCAUGAUAGACCAACCAAAAACACCAAUUGGUAUGUCCCCAUACAAGUUAUUAUAUGGAAAAGCCUGCCAUAUGUCUUUAGAACUAGAGCACAAAGCAUACUGGGAAAUCAAAGAGCUCAAUAUAUCUUUGAAUGAAGCCGGAAAGAAAAGGAAGUUACAACUAUGUGAACUGGAUGAACAUAGGCUGUUGUCUUAUGAGAAUGCCAAACUUUAUAAGGAAAAGACAAAGAAAUGGCAUGAUAAUAGAAUCCAGUACAGAGAAUUAAGAGAAGGCCAGCAUGUGCUUUUAUUUAAUUCUAAACUGAAGUUAUUCCCUGGAAAACUUAAGUCUAGAUGGUUUGGGCCUUUUCUUAUUUCUAAAGUUUAUCCUUAUGGAGCAGUGGACUUGGUAAACCCGGAAGAUAAUUCUAUUUUCAAGGUAAAUGGCCAAAGGAUAAAAGUGUACCAUGAUCUGGUAGCAGUCUCAGAACAACACUCUGAGAGCUGUGCUGCUCCCUGCUAA